UUGUGAGCAUGCGCACAAGGCCAAAUGACUUUACGCUCCACUGUGAGCGGCGUGUCAGUGGGAAGGUGAUUGGAGUGUGUUUUCCCGAAUAGAAAACAAUCUGACGAUAGUUGCAAUGUGGCGCAAGUUAUUCGCCUCCGUCCCUGCUUUCAGAGCUUCCAAAGCGCCCUGUCGGAGUUUUAAAAGCAGCAGCAGAAGAGCUGAAAAGGACUUCUUUAAAGAUCUGGAGGCUCAGUUCCGGGCAUUUCGGGAGAAAGCGGCUGCGGCGAUGCCCGGCAGUGACUGGAGCCCGUUUGAGUUGACCCCUGGCCUGCCCCCUGAGAGGGCAGAUGUGGUGAUUAUAGGAGGGGGAGUCAUGGGAUGGUCCAUCGCAUACUGGCUGAAGAGGAAGGAGAGAGUGAGGGAUGGUCUGAGAGUGCUGGUGGUGGAGAAAGACCCUACUUAUUCGCAGGCGUCGACUGUGCUGUCAUGUGGUGGGAUUCGGCAGCAGUUCUCCCUGAAAGAAAACAUCCUGCUGUCAAUGACUUCGGCUGAUUUCUUGAAGAACAUUAAUAAUCAUCUCUGGGUAGUUAACGAAGACCCUGUUGAUCUGCAGUUUAAUCAUUCAGGAUAUCUCUUUCUCGCCAGCGAAAAAUCUGCUCAUAUUAUGGAGGAAAACUACCGCACCCAAAGAUCAGCUGGUGCGAAGGUCGCCCUCCUGUCACCGUCCCAGCUGAAGGAGCGAUUCCCCUGGAUAAACACAGAGGGCAUCGCUCUGGCUUCUCUUGGGCUGGAGAAUGAGGGCUGGUUUGAUCCCUGGUCUCUCCUUAAUGCUCUCAGACGCAAGGCCGUGUCUAUGGGAGUCUAUCAGUGCUUCGGAGAGGUCACAGGUUUUAGAUCUUCUUCAAAUGUUGCAGAAAUCACAGAUGGAGACUUUGUUAAUGUCAAAAGGAUAAAAUAUGUCAAUGUGCAGAUGCCCAACAGUCUGGAGUAUCAGCCCGUGGAGACUGCCGUCGUGGUAAAUGCGGCAGGUGCUAACUCAGGAAAGAUUGCCACCAUGCUAGGCGUCGGAUUAGGCCCGAAAGAAUCCAUGUCUGGUGUUCCAUUUCCUGUGGAGCCCAGAAAGAGGUUUGUGUAUGUGGUGCAUUGUCCUGAUGGACCAGGGUUGGAUACUCCAUUUCUGAUUGACUAUUCAGGGGUUUACCUUCGGCGAGAGGGACUGGGAGGAAAUUACCUCACGGGAAUGUCACCAGAGGAGGCAGAAGAACCAGAUAUCAGUAACCUUGAUGUGGACCACGAGUUUUUUCAAGAGAAGGUCUGGCCUCGUCUGGCCCAUCGUAUUCCUGCAUUUGAACAACUGAAGGUUUCAAGCUCGUGGGCUGGUUUUUAUGACUACAACACCUUUGACCAGAAUGGCAUUAUAGGACUGCACCCUCUAGUGCCCAACAUGUACUUUGCCACGGGCUUCAGCGGUCACGGUCUACAGCAGUCUCCUGCGGUCGGACUCGCCGUGGCUGAGCUUAUUCUGGACGGGGGCUAUAAGACCAUCGACCUCAGUGCUUUUGACCUCAAACGGAUCUUCCUUCAGGAGCCCAUGCUGGAGAGCAACAUUGUGUGAAGAGCACAGAAACACAGGAUGGAGCCACAUUACAUGAGCACUGUAAUGAACACAUCGUGGCUGAACUCUCACUGGAUCAGUGGAAUCGAUGUUCAGUUUGCUAAGAAAAAAUUGUAAGAACACAGAUUAUUGGGACAUUAAAGAGGAGAGUGAUAAAUGCUGCUGUGAUUUCAACAAAACAUACUGUUAUUUGAAAUGACUUAUGUUAGAGAUCAGGGAAUUCAGUUGCACAUUUUGUGCAAAUAUGCAUAUGACAUAGAUCAUCAUGAUAUAUAAUAUUUGUUAUUAUUUUCUUAGAUUUGUCAUAUUCACACUGUUUCAGAAAUGAAUACCAAAAAUAAUCAAACUUUAAAAGUUUGUCCUUAAAUGUAAAUCAGACCUCAUGGACUGAAUUUUAUAAAUCUGUAUAUUUUAAAAUGUCUGUUAAUAUGGAUGUGAAUACAC